AUGACAGUGAAAGUUAACCCACCAAGAGAGAUUGAGGUAACUCUUGACAAAGGGAUCAAGGGGACUAUUGCAGUUCCACAUUCGGUGGAUAGUGAAAAUGCAUUUGCCGAAGGUCUUGCUCCAUCAACACAUAAGAUGGCACUUAUCUUACACGGCCAAGGGGGCCAUAGGAACUACUGCUAUCAAAGACAUGUAGCGCAUGCAUUGGCGUUAGAAUUGGGUAUCUACUCAUUGAGAAUCGACUUUAGAGGAAGCGGAGAUUCUGCUGAAAACAUUGAUUCUAAAAAAGGCCGCAUAUUGAAACAAGAUAUCGAAGACAUUCAAACGUGUGCUGAGUUUAUUACUGACAAACUGAAGAAUCCAUUGGGGAUCAGUUUCGUCUUAUCUUCAAUAAUCGGUCAUUCCAGAGGAAGUUUAGCUACAUUUUUAUGGAGCAUUGAACAAAAUGAAAUACUAAAAUCUGAUCCUUCUAAAGCAUUUAUUGUUCCUAAUAUUGUGAAUUGUUCAUCAAGGUACCAACUGCAUACAGUUUUGGAUAGAUAUCCAAUAUUCGAUGAAGAGUUUCAAGAUUUACCCCAAUUAUGUUAUAGAUACGGUAAGACUCAAGUUGUCUCAGUUCCAAGAGAAGAACUUCUAAGUUUAUACCAUGCCGAUCUUUCGAAAUUACCUGGAUUAUCAAUGGAUACUUCAGUAUUGAGUAUAUAUGGUUUAGAGGAUACCAUUGUUCCAAUUGUUGACUCAGCACAUUUUGCCAAUGCUUUAAACCGAGGCCCAUAUUCUCACCGUCUUGAGCUAAUUCCUGGUGCAGACCAUAAUUUUUAUGGUAUUCAUCCAAUUGAGACCCCUGGAGAUGAACAAGAUUACAAUCCAAAUAAUCUUCCAUUGACUAGUAAAAAAUUGGUGAAUUACAGUCAGUUGGUUACAUCGUAUAUUAUAAAAUGGUUACAACCAGAAAAUGAACUAAACAGAUUCUAUCAAAGUGCAUCUACUAUUGGAUAUGUAUCAAGAUGGAAACAAGUUGAAGGGGUUUCUAAUUUCAGAGAUUCUGGAGGAUGGAAAAUAACCAAACCGACCUUUUCAAUUGACUCUUCAAUCAAGCCGAAUCUUUAUGUGAAACCAGGGUAUAUUUACCGAUGUGCAAACACAGCUUACAUAACUGAAAAGGGAAAGAAAACUUUACAAGAGCUUGACAUUAAAGUUAUGUUUGAUUUAAGAUCAGAUGGUGAAUGUGCUAAAGCUGGAGUACCACAGAAUUUAGAGAAAUAUGGAGUAAAAAGAGUUCAUGCCCCAGUUUUUUCAAAAGACGAUUACUCACCUCAACUGAUUGCCCUUCGUUAUACGAAUUUGAUGACGAGUUGGAGUACUUAUGUUCACGUUUAUGAAGAUAUGUUAGAGUUGGGAAUUGAAUCCUUCAAGACUGUAUUUAAAUAUAUUAGAGAUGACGGUAGGCCAUUUUUAUUCCAUUGUACGGCUGGUAAAGAUCGUACCGGGAUUAUUGGAAUGUUGAUACUAUUAUUAUUAGGAGUUGAUAAGAAUACUAUUGCUAAGGAAUAUGAAUUAACUACUAUUGGAUUGAAAAGCGAUCAUCCUAUAUUGAAGAAGGAUUUUAUCGAAAACGUUAAUCAUAUGAAGGAGAAAUUUGGUGCCAAUGCUUCUGAUAUAGAAGAUAUGAUUAAACAAGGAAGACAAGAUUGGACGGUUGAAAAUGAUGGAUUCCAAAAUUUGAUUAGUUCAAGAUAUGAAGCAAUGUUGGCUACUAUUGAAUUGUUUAAUGAAAAAUACGGUAAUAUCAUUGAAUAUUUGAAAAAUCAACUUGGAUUUUCAGAAGACGAUAUUAAAGUCAUAUAUAAUCGUUUAAUAGUAUCUGAUGAGUUAACUUUCAAAAACAGUUCUCAUAUUACCCAUCAAAGUCAUUUGGCCAAAUUUUAA